AUGGAACACCCGCAACCUGCUCCAAAGAAUGCUGCACUGCAGAGAACAUGGGACAAUAUGUCGUUGCUUGACAGACAAUCAACACCACCCACUUUCGGACUUGAUGCAGGAUUCGUAUACUUCAAGUACCUUCCCCAGGAAUUGCGACUUCAUAUUUGGGGCUGCGUUGAUUUACCGCCCAAGUUCUACCACGGAGAUAGGUAUCGGGAGAUGAGACCGUACGAGAGACCUCCGAUACCCGCUGUCUUGCACGCAUGUUCCGAAUCCCGAGACGAAUUCCUAGCAAAGGAGAAUGUGAGAAAGAACCAUCCAACUUAUUGUCGAAUCCCUCUCCAAGGCCCCGGCAACCCCCGCACAAUGGUAUUCUCCGAGCGAGAUAUGGUAGAGCCCUUGCGCGACAACCUCCCGGAGGGAAAAACAUUCUUCAACAAUCGUAAGUUGCAACCUAUUAAAGUGAUAUUCAAAAGAUUGACAUACUGUCUAGCUGAAUUCCGCUUCAUGUUGAGCAAAAUUCGAUAUCUUCGCCUCAAAGACCAUGAUGUUGAGAAUUGGUUGGAUGGGUUACACAACAUGACAAGUCUGCACGGCAUUUCUCUUGAGCAAUUCGAUACUUUUGAUCCAGCUCACCAAUAUCGUCAUUUGCUUGGGGAGUUUGAAUAUACGGAUGAGGAGAUCCAACGUAUUGAGGAUAGAUACAAGCAGUGUUUCCCUGGGAAGAAGCUUAAGCUUCUCGCCAGGAAUCUUAUUAUAGUUGCGUGGUCGUCGUGCAAAGAAGCUCUGAAUGGUAGCUGA